AUGCAGGCCAUUGCCCGACGAACGUCCCAGGCAGAGGUCGCCAACCUCAUCGGUCGCUUCGAGCAGCAGACUAAACGCCAAUCGAUUGUGCCAAAUGGACCUUCACGCACGAUAGAGCAGAGGGACAAGCGGGAAUGGCCUCCAAGACCGAGACCUUCGUCGACUGCUAGCCCAAGUAUAGCAGACCAGCUUGCGAGGUUCGUUGAUAGCAGUCUGGCCAAGUCACCGCCUGCCGAUUCUGUGCCAAUCCCGGAGCCAGCUUCCGAUCCAGCGGUUGCUGCAGUCGACCCCCCCUCCUCUCCACCAGAGAUUGCGGUGCCUGUGCCCAAACCCGUAGCAUCGCGACUGUCGAGCACUGGGACGGUUAACCAGCCCCGCGUGCCGAGCACACCGUCGAAAACUGCUAGCAGGCCGAGCACCGCUGGUGGUACUACCCGGACACCAGCGCGUUCGUCCACGAAAUCUCCUCCAACUGCUUACCAUCCUUCUCCAUCGACGUCUGCCUCGACUCCUGCCAAGGCUGUCACGCCUAAAUCGACACCCGCUAGACCGCGUCCGUCGUCUCGCGCGUCUCAUACGCCCGUGAAGACGCCCCCGCGCGACCGAAGACCCCGUCUGCGCGACCGAAAACUCCGUCGCGCGACCGAAGACCCCACCACUGCCACCACACCGGCGACGAUGAGACCGAAGACGCCGUCGUCGGGACUCUUCGCUCCCACAGCCGCGAAGGCGACAACACCAGGAGUCUUGGAGCGGUUGAGCAAGCCUACCGCGGCGAGCUUGAGCAAAGCGAGGACUCCGGUUCCCGCGGCAACUGCGACAAGGGGCGGUCCUGCUGCUAGGGGUUCACCGGCUGCAGGGCAAGCGCCGCAACGCCGCAGCGACACGGAACCGCCGAUUCAGCUAGAGCUUGUACCUGCAGAGAUCCCAGAUGAGCCUCAUGAAGAUGCCUACCAACCCGAGCAUGAAUAUUAUCAGGAAUCCGAUGCGUUCUCAAGCCCUGUCCAGGCGCAUGAGCACGAUAGCUCGGAAAGCACACUCAUUGACGAGCCGCAGCACGCGUCAGCUGGACUCACUGAUGACCCUGACGUGCACGCGGCCGCCGUCGAGACCGCCGAAGCCAUCCUGAACUCGAAGGAGGAAGAGUUGGCGGAGCACGGAGUCCCGGAUAUCAGUGCAGAGGAGGCGUUGGAGGAGGUGGUACCGAAGCCGGAAGAAACGAUAGCUCACGAGGAGGGCGUGCAUGAACUUCUCGCUGCAGCGGAUGCAGUGCACCACGAGGAGACUAUCCAGGCCGAGGACCACAUUGAUGCUCACUUGAUUGAGUCUGCUCACGAGGAGACGGACCGUGCGGGCUCUGUUACGCCGGAAGGGCAUGAUGCGGAUGCCCACGUCAACGGGAAGACGACGCCCACUCCCGGCGGUGGUCCUGAGCUCGAGGAUAUCAUCAACAUGCUCGAGGCGAAGCCACGGCCCAUGAGCAUCGCUACGAUCCCGGACGAGUUCGAUAUAGCGGAGUGA